GACGACGUCAUAUGAAAAUGUCAUUUCGGUGAUAUUGAUUGUGACAGCCAUUAGAGAUUCAAUUCAACGGCUGUGAUUGAAUGAUGUACCCACUAGUUGCUUCAAAGCCAUAUAUUUUGUAUUAUCCAUACACUUACCUAAUUGCUUAAAUUAUUGUUGAUGUUGAUGAAGAUUAGAAGUUACGUCUACUUGUCUUUUCUUGGACAGUUGAGUUUAUAGUUUGUCUUAACGUCCAAGAUAAUUUGAAAGGUAGACGUAGACGUUGGAUAAUUUCCUUUGGUGUACUCUUAAAGAAUCUUAGGUGGGUAUCUCUUUGGUUUGAAGCUGGUGAAAGGUGAAGUUCUGGUAUGAAUAUGAAGAAACAGAUCAUGGAUGAGUCUGAGAAGUUGUGUUUUAAGAAGACAUGUAUGCCGCCACCUCCUCCUCCACCGCUUCCUUCAUCUCCAGGAUAUGGAUCAAGACAGAUGGAUGGAGACAGCAUAACCAAUAAACAGAUCAAGAAGUUCUGGAGGCAGAAGCAGAUCAUUGAAGAGGAUCAUCUCUUUUCUGCUAUUAAGGCUGCAGCUCGUGUCAGAGCUCGUAAUCUCUCUGGUGAGGACUACAAACGCUUUGAAGAAAGUUUGUUGGACUUGGACGUGGAGGACCCGGAAACCGAAGAUCAUCAGGGAUUAAAAGACUGGUGGACAAAGAGCAAAUACGCAUACUUGAACCAGCCAGCUCUUGGAUCUGCAGAUUCGCUGAAGAGAAAGAGGUUUUCGACUUAUACACCAAACUGUUUCUCUUUCAAGCCUUGCAAUCCUCUCUACGCAACUUCGCUCAAUGUCUUUUGAACCAUGAGCAAACUCAGCAAGAUCAUUUGUUUUGCAAGUAUGUAUAUAGAUGUGCGUGUGUGUGUUGUCUGUGUACAUUCAUGUGUUACGUAGUGCUUCCAUGUUAAUGGAUCUGGACAUUGGUGCGUGGUUCUUGAUUUGUAACUGUUGAAUAAAACUCAAGUCUUUCUAUGGAACAUUAAAUUAUUUUUGUUCCAUAGAUGAUAAAAGUUAUUGUACUUCGGUGUUUUUAUA